AUGAGGACGUCAAUGGUGGCCACAGUGUAUAAGCCGACAAUUCGGCCCACUUUAUCCCAACAGUACAGUUAUCUGUAUCCGCAAUCCCGGGCCAGUUAUCGGUUGAGCAGACAUCACAGCCGCCGGUCCCACGCGUUAAGGAUUUUGUCAGCCGUGUCUGCAUUUGUCAAACUCUUUGAAUCCCUCUUUUGGCUGUCAUUACUGUUGGAGGCAACACAUAAUCACGAGGAUAACUCUACCCAUACAUUGACAGUAGUGUUGGCCACGGCUUUUGUAAUAUCAAUGGUGACGGGACUCGUUGCUAUGUUUUCUCCCUGUUUUGAGGGCCACUUUCUUUAUAAAUCUUUGUUGACGACAACUGUCUGUAGUUUUGUCUGGAAUAUCAUAAUUUUGGCAUUAUGCUUUAUACUGGGUAUU